GCCAGUAUCGACCUGAUCCCGAUACCACAACAGUAUCAAUGAUAUCGUUAUUGGGCUCUCAUCGCGCACGCCAGAAGAAGUGUUGUGUUCUUCAAAUAGUACUUUUAAAGAUGCUGUACUUUACAAGUAGUAUGAAGUGAUGUGUUGGCGGGAUGAAGAGAUGAAGUGAAGCGUCCAACGAACAAAGAAAGAAAGAAAGAGAAGCUGUUGUUGCCUCCAAGUCUCCAUUGUUGUCCGUCUGAGUCCGGCUGGUCCACAAGGUGAUGGUGCAGUCAUGACCCCUGGCAAUGGCAACACCAACAGUAGCCACCAGCGAGGAGGGAGCAAGGCAGUCCAGGCCAUAGUCCAGUCCCACAUCCUGACACACUUCAUAGAGGGCUUUGUCAUCCAGGAAGGUGCCCAGCCUUUCCCGGUGGAACAUCCCACCUUCUCAGUGGACUGCCUCAGGAAACACACCUCGCACCCAAGGAUGAACGACUCCGAGUGUCUGCAAGAGGCCGUGCUCACCUGUGAGCUCUGUGGCAAGGUGGACUUUGCAUAUGUCUUCAGAAGGUCCAAGAGGUUCUGUUCCACAGUCUGUGCUAAACGAUACAACGUAGGAUGCACAAAAAGAAUGGCUCUCUUCCUAAAUCGCAAGUCUACGCUGGAGGACAACAAGAAACAAAGACCACUGGAUGAAGAGCACAACAAGGCCAUUGUGGAGUGUAAAAAGCAGAAGUCCGACCCCCACUUCCUCCCGAGUGACCCCGCCCACUGGAACGUGGACCACGUCCAUGGUUUUAUCUGCUCGCUGCCAGGUUGCCUGGAGAUCGCAGAAGAGUUCCGUGGUCAGGAGAUUGACGGGCAGGCGCUGCUGCUGCUGCAGGAGGACCACCUGCUGGGCGCCAUGAACAUCAAACUGGGACCCGCACUCAAGAUCGCCGCUCAGAUCAGUUUGCUCAAAGACUUCUAGCGCCUUCAUCCAUGCCCAUAUUUGGCACGUCUGAUACCAUAUUUAAUGAAUCUUUUCUAUUUAUUUCAUUCAUUGAUAAUUAUUCUCCUUUAUUUGGACAAAUGUGCUCCCUUUCUCUCCCUGGUCUGCUUGCCUUUUUGGACAGGGAAUCCAGUUUUUGUCCUUCUCUCCUGGCACCGUAAAAUGAGUGGCACUGUCUUAUUAGCCGCAGAGUUCAAAGUGUAGGUAAAAAGGUAGUGGCUUAUAGUACGGUAGUAGAGCUAUUAUGUAAGUAAAGAAGAGGAGGGAGGCAGCAGCUCACACAUUCUCAUACUUUCUGUAUCAUCCAGGGGGGGAAAUGUCUUCUAGGUUUUUAUUUCAGUGACUCAGUUAUAUUCAUGACUCCUGUUUGCCAACCAUAGCAGUGGAUCUGCUGCAUGACUCCUGUUUGCCAACCAUAGCAGUGGAUCUGCUGCAUGACUCCUGUUUGCCAACCAUAGCAGUGGAUCUGCUGCAUGACUCCUGUUUGCCAACCAUAGCAGUGGAUCUGCCACACGACUUGUGUUUGCCAACCAUAUAAAAGUUGAUCUGCCACACGACGUCUCCUCGUUGUCAACACGACUCGUGUUUGCCAACCAUAUAAAAGUUGAUCCAUCACUUCCUAUCAAGGAUGACCAAACACUGAAUGACAUUUCCAAUCAUCAACUUUCAGUUUCAGUUCCCCAUAGGACACAUGAGGCAGUGCUAAUCUGGCUGCCAAUCAUGUUACGUCCUUGAUGAUGCAAUGUGUGACCUCAACUCCUCACUUUUAGUGACUCUUCAUUUCAAAGACUGAAGUUUUUGUAUAGCUUUUAAUAAACAGAAUAUGUUUUGC